GGGAUCUCUUGUUACAUUUUUUAGAUUUACCGCUGCUUAAGUUUGGCAAUUAUUUUACCUUCUAACCUUAUCGAAUCGAUCUAUUUGGUCUAAAAUAUUAGAUCUAUCUAUUCUAUCCGAUUUCACGUAGUCUGAUAAGAUUUUUUACCAUAGACCCUUUUUAAUUAAUUGCAACUGUGAUGGCGGACACAUUGCAGAUCUUAAAAUGUGGUGUUAGAUUUGAUCCCCCAGCUUUGGUUUUAAAUUACAAGGAUAGAAAAACAGGAAAACUUCGAAGUCGUUCCAUGCCACUUCGUAAUUUCAACAAAAAUUCAGGCAUCGACCGCAUCAUGCAGGAAUUAGAGAGUAACCCUCGACAUUCUAAAUUCAUCAGACUGAUGUCCCCUGCUCAGUUGCAGCGUUUGCUCACUAUAGUGAAAGAUAAGCUAAAUGGUUUAAGCCUAGAAGCCAGCAUUGCUCGCAACAACCUCAUGGAUCAAAUCAACCCAGAAGAGAAUCUGAAUAAAGUAGACCCAGAAAUCCUGCAACGUAAAAAACUACUCAUGGACUCUUCUUUUGAGAAAAAACGAAUAAAACCUGGUGACCCGCAAUUUGAAUACAAUGUGGAAGUUGACUUUGAUGAAGUAGCUAUUGAAACCAGUAACUGGGACUCAGACAACUCUGAAAUUGACUUUUAACUUCCAAUUAUGACUUUCUGGUGCUAUUAUAGUGUUACUGUGCUUUUGUAUGGUCCAGCCAACAAGGAACUCCAUAGAUGCCUUAAUAUAAGCUUCUGAUGAAAACUGCAUUUACUUUUUUUGUGCAGCUCAUAUAAUGUCAUCAUCAUGUAUUAUUUUUCAGUACUUUUUAUAGUUAUCAAAAGAGAAAUGUCUUUUGUGGAUAAGUUACAAUCAUGACAUUGUGAUAUUGUAACAUGCAAAUUUUAUUUUAGUGACAUUCUUUUUUAUCAUAAUUGUAUGUUUUAGCGUUAUAAGGGCAUACCUUCAUACUGCUCUUUUUUUUCAUUUCUUUAUCUGGGUAAAUUAUCAUUAAAAAAUGAUUCAAUAA